AUGUCAAAAGAGAUGGCUAAAAUAAAUCGAGAUGUGCUAAUGCUAAGAGAAGAUCAGGCUCCUAUAGUUGGAGCAAGCUUGAGCCAAUCUGAACCAAGGAAGAUUUCAAUGGUUGGCAUUAAACCUCACAUACCUGACUCGAAUGUGAAACCUUGUUCUGAUUCCGACGAGGAAGAAAAAGGAGAAAUUGCAGAGAUCAUUGCUCGUCUACCAUGCUUUGAAUACUGGAAACUGCAGUUUCUUAACAAGAAAUUCUUGCAGUUGUUAAAGAGCUGUGAAAUUUUCAGGGUGAGACAAGAAAUGGGACUUGUGAAACCCUAUGUGAUUUUGCAUUUGGGGGCUGUAUCUAAUUGGGAAAUGUUUGAUAAGGAUUUUAAAACUUUUCGGACACUUCCUAAAGUUCCUUCUUCUGACUAUUGCUUUUUCCACAGCGAUAAGGAAACAGUUAGUGUGGGUACUCAACUAAUUGUCAUAGGGAGAGAAAUAGAUGGAAUUGUGGUGUUUCGCUAUGAGCUAGAGAAUCAUAAGUGGUUCAAAGGUCCUUCAAUGAUCACACCGAGGGCCAUGUACGGUUCUGCGAGCCAUGGUAAAACCGUAUUUUUUGCAGGAAGCAUUAAAAUGGAUGAAAAUGGGAACCCUGUUGUUGUGCAAAAUGUAGAAAAGUAUAAUGCUGAUACAAAAAGGUGGACUAUGAUUAAAGGAAUGCAUAAAGCAAGGAAGUUCAGUUCAGGAUGUUUCUUGCGUGGAAAAUUUUACGUCCUCGGUGGCCGAGAUGAUAAUGAUAAACACCUCACUUGUGGAGAAAGUUAUGAUGAGACGACAAAUUCUUGGGAGUUGAUACCUGACAUGCUAAAAGACAUGACAGUCAUUGCGGAUUCCCAAUCUCCGCCCCUUAUUGCUGUGGUUGAUGACAAUCUAUACAUGCUAGAAACAUCUUUCAACGAGCUACGGGUAUAUGAUAUAAACAAAAAUAUUAGGAAGAAACUUGGUGUUGUCCCUGUGAGCGCAAACGCUGCCUUCGGUUGGGGGAUGGCAUUUAAAUCGAAGGGAGACAGACUUCUGUUGAUUGGAACUUCUGACUCUUGGCAUAGGAAGACAGUGGUUCACUCAUGCCGUCCUUCUCCAGGCGUGGAAGAGCAGCACUGGGAAGAAAUAAAACUUUGGUGUGUUGGUGCUGAGCUCCCACAGUUUAUUCAUAACUGUUGUGUGAUGCUUGCUUAA